GUCUCACCGUCAGUGGAGAACUGUCAUGGCUAAUGUGAAAGUUCCUGUUUGUGUCCUGCACUGUUGUCACUUAUUGUAGUUUUAAAUUAGUAAUUCUCCUUAAAAUAAUAUUUGGAGUAUUUGUGACGCAAACUAAGUAUGAAAUGAGUAGUGUUGAGUGAUUGUGAGGGUCGGGGUUUACGGAAAAAAUCCAAAUUACGCCCUAAUUAGUAAUCGUACAUUUGUUUAGAACCCAGAAAAGAUAGACCUUGAAACGCCGUCUCCAUAUGACGUACACAACAAAUUUACUUAUGUUUUAGCGGUUUUUUUAAAUUUGGCAUGAUUGAAAAUUAAUUAUGGAUAACAACGAAACGAACAGAGACUUGCUUGAAAAUGUCUCGAUAACUGAUGUAGGGGGCUCGCAGUACAUGUUACAACGAAUGUCCGUUGAAAAUCAUCAUUUGCUUAAUAAUGAACUUCUCCAACAUCAUAGUGGAUUAGUUGUAGACUUAGGGGGUGGCGAUUUUAUUCCAGUUAAUUAUACUUCCGAUGAUCUACUUCCCCAAGAAUUAACUGAAGAAGAUCGUAAUUUGGCAGCUGCUUUAGUUGCUGUUCAAUUUAAUCAACAACAAAAACAACAACAUAACCAACAAGACUCUACUGUAAUUAUUAAUACUUCCCUAGCUUCAUUAGUUAAUCAAAACGAUCUAGACAAAGUAACAGCAAGUGCAAUAAAUAGCAACUAUUUGCAUAUAGUAGGACCAGAUGGACAGGGACUCUAUAUUGAAGAAAAAAGUACUCUUCCUAAACUCUUAGACAAUCGUUUUCAAACGAGCAGUCAAGAGGAUUCAAGUCGCACUAUUCAAAAACAAGAUGUAAAAUCAGAAGAAGAGAAUAGUCAAAAAGAGUCAGAUGGUGAAACAAAAAAUGAUAACCGUUCUUCAAAAAAAAGCUUGCCCCACAAAAAGCGUAUAUCUCGAAAACUUAAAAAAGCUCCUCCCUCUGGCAAGAAUAAAGCCCAAAAAUGUACUCUUUGUGAGCAGAUAUUUCCUAAUAAUGAAGAACUGUUGACCCACCAGACCAUAUGUCAAACAACUAUAACGCCAGUGCCUUCGCAUUUAUUUAAUUGUCAGCUAUGCAGUGCCACUUUUUACAAUCAGCUAAGCUUCUUUGAACACUUGAAGGCACACUAUGAACCAACUCAAAACAAUCAGCUUGUUACACCAACAUCAACUACUGCUAGUAAUGACCAAUCGGUGUCGCCGUCUAUUUUAAAUGACCCAACGACUUCUGUAACAUGUGAGGACCCUUCUACUACAGCUGGGAACUAUGCCGGCGACAAAAUAAUUGUGAAAACUGAGUUAGAACAAAAAGAAGUUCUGCUUUCGUCUUUAUUAAAUCUAAAUUGCCUACAGUGCAAUAAAACAUUCAAACGACAGAAAGCAUAUGAAGCCCACAUAAGGGAUGUUCACAACAAAGUUGAACUGGCCGAUUUUAGCGAAUCAGAAGAUCUUAUGGAUGGUAUUGACGUAAAUGUUGACGAUCCAGGAGCAUUAUCGGAUGACGAUUCAAAAAAUUGGAUGAAGUAUAAAGAUGAAGACCUUUAUCAAGCUGAAGCAGAUUUAAGGGAGUUAGAAGCAGAAGAACAUGUUUGCCAGAACUGCAAGCAACCUUUCCCCAUCAGGGCUAUUUUAUUGCAACACUUGGUUACUUGUAAACCCCCAGAAGGCCAGCAAGCUACAGAGCCUACAAAACAAACUUGGAAUGCUAGUGGAGGAAAAAAGCGAAAUAGAAAAAAACAACAGGGAGACUUAAGUUGUUCUGAAUGCGAUCGUGUUUUUAUGUACAGGAACUCCUUGUUAUAUCAUAUGAGAAGUCACACGGGAGAUAGACCUCAUCAAUGUGACCAAUGCGGAAAGAAAUUCUUUGCGGCCAGUGCACUUAAAGUGCACCUUCGACUACACUCAGGUGUUAAACCGUACAAGUGCGACCACUGUGGACGUUAUUUCCGACAGUGGGGCGAUCUCAAGUAUCACUGCAUUUCGUUGCAUUCGGACCAAAAGAACUACCAAUGUGAAUAUUGCGGCAAAGAGUUUGCUAGAAAAUAUUCUCUAGUCGUACAUCGGAGGAUUCAUACUGGGGAAAAAAAUUAUCGUUGCGAAUUCUGCGAUAAGACUUUCAGAGCUUCAUCUUAUCUCAACAAUCAUCGUAGAAUACACACAGGUGAAAAGCCUCAUGCGUGUGAAAUUUGUGGAAAACCAUUUAGAGUUCGUUCAGACAUGAAAAGACAUUUAAAGACCCACAGGAGACGGCGGCAAUCCAGGAGCACCAUAUCUCCGUCUUGUGACGUUAUAGUUGCGAAAAAAGAAGAGCUGAACGAAAGUAGUGGUAACAUGCUUAUCGAUUCUGAUACUGACCCUCACCCUCCAGAAGUGGAGCAUGAAAAUGCCGUACAAACACUCCAAUUUGAUCAAGAUCCUUUGGAAAUUAGAGAUGGCAGUACACUUUACGUCAUGCCUAUACUUAUCACUUAAGUUUAGCAUAAUUUAUUGUAAAUAGAGAAACAGCAUGAAAAAAUUUGUUGCAAUAGAAUUUACUUCAUUUAAAUGUAGGUUACAGUAUGUUAUAGUUAUUUUUUAUUAAUAAAUUAAUAUAUUNAU